AUGGACACAAGUGAAAUUCUCUUUUAUCUACCGCCACAUUACGCAUUUGUGAGGCGGCCUCCAAAUGUUGCAGAAAAUGAGCUUAGAAUGCGCUCUGCAGUCAAGACAAUACAAAUGCCGUCUUUGGGGAACCAGUUGCGGUUCGCCAAUUACGAUACAACGGAAUGUUGCAUCACUGUGUUGUCAAACGAUCCAUUAUUCCGCAAUGCGAUUUUAAAAUCUUCACAAAAUUAUCCCGCUGUGUCUGCGUAG